AAAUCCCAACGUAUAACACAGUAAUAAGGUAGUCGUAGUUGUUACAGAAUUUUGUAAAUUAGUUGCUAUAAAACUAAGGCUUAAGACAGAAAGGUGUCGUCGAAACCAGAAGUGCAAGUUGAGGAAUUAAAAUGAGAGCUUUGUGCAUUACUGUGAUAACAUGCAUCUGGCUGUUAAGUUUAAGUGAAAGUGUCGACGGUGCCAAAAUUCUUUCAUUUUCGUUCAUGUCCAGUAAAAGUCAUAAAAUCACUUACGAACCACUGCUUCGGGAACUGGCUCGAAGGGGCCAUCAAGUGACGGUAUUAAGUCCUAUUGCAUCGAAGAAUGAAACGAAUUUCGUUAACAUUCCCACCGUUGAUCCGGACCUAGCGUUCGGCAGCGCUCCAAAUUUUUUCGAAAUGAAGCAAUCUAUGAGUCCGCUGAUUACUGCUAUAUUCAAUCCAUUUCUCAUGAUGAGAAGCUUGAUGACACCAGUCUGCCAAAUAGGCUACGCACUUCCCAUCAUAAACAAAGUGUUGGAAGAAAAAUGGGAUUUGGUAUUCUUUACACCGUUGUUCAACGAAUGCUUGUAUGGAUUGGUUCAUAAGCUCAACACCAGUACUGUACUCUAUACACAAACAACCGUUCCGACUUGGAUAGCUGACAAUUUGGGUAGUCCAAAUCCACCGUCUUACGUAUCAAGUAUGUUGGUUGGUUACGAAGAGCGAAUGUCUCUAUGGGAAAGAAUGUUCAACUGCUUUCGAACAGUUUUCGACUGGAUUGUAAUGAAUUGGUUUUAUUUCCCAAGAAUGGAGGCAAUCUAUCGCGAUGCGUUCAAUGACCCGCAGAUGCCAGGAAUUAAAGAAAUCGAGAGAAACGCGAGUAUUCUUCUAAUGAAUAGCCAGAUCAGUUUCUCAUCUCCACGACCUUAUCUACCCGAUUUGAUUGAAGUUGGAGGAUUGCAUUUGGUGCCUGCAAAACCUGUACAGCCAAAGGAACUGGACGAUUUUCUGAAUGGAGGUAAAGACGGUUUCAUACUGUUCAGUAUGGGCUCUGCUCUACAAGGAGUUGACAUGCCGGAAAACUACCGAAAACUGUUCCUCGGCGCUUUUUCCAAAUUGAAGCAACGAGUUAUUUGGAAAUGGGAGACCGAAGAGAUGGAUGAUCUCCCGCCGAACGUAAAGCUAAGCAAAUGGCUUCCACAGCAAGAUGUCUUAGGCCAUAAAAACAUUAAACUAUUCCUAACGCACGGAGGUUUCGGAAGUACAAUGGAAGCACUUUACCAUGGAGUACCCUUAGUUGGCAUACCAAUGCUCGGGGAUCAGCCCAGUAAUAUGAAGAAAGCGGAGAAAAAAGGAUUUGCCAUUCCGUUAGACUUCAAUACGUUAACCGAAGAAAUUCUUCUCAAUGCAAUUAACAAAGCCAUCAAUGAUCCCAGCUAUCGCCAAACCGUUAAAAAACUUUCGAGCGUUUUCUUAGACCAAAUGGAAAAACCAUUAGACCGAGCAGUUUUCUGGAUUGAGUAUGUACUUCGACACCACGGAGCCGUCCAUUUGCGAUCAGCAGCCAGAGAAUUGAACUAUUUCCAAUAUUUCUCGGUUGAUGUUUUUGUUAUUUUUGUAGCCAUAAUUGUUAUCGAUAUUUUGAUUUUGAGAGCAAUAUUGAAGAAAUGCUUCAGCUCGAAGUCGAAACCAGGGGCCAGCAAGAAGAAGAAGGCCCAAUAAUUUGGUCGAUUCUUAUUUUCGAUUCUUUUUUAGUUUAAAUUAUAAUUAAAAUGAAUUUUCAACUGUAGUUACCAGGAAGUAAA